AUGUGGAGGCUAAAGAUCGGAGAGGGAGGAGGGCCAUGGAUGCAGACGGUGAGUGACUUCCAUGGUCGGCAGGUUUGGGAAUUCGACCCGGACGCCGGCACCGACGAGGAGCGCGUCAAGGUGGAGCAGCUUCGCCGGGCGUUCACCGAGAACCGCUUCCGAAGGAGGGAACCGCAGGACCUCCUCAUGCGUAUGCAGUUGACUGGAAACAAACAUCUGCAUGCGGAUAUGCCCGCCGCCACCAAGAUAGAGUAUGGCGACGAGGUGACGGAAGAAACUUUGCAGGAGUCGCUGAGACGAGCGCUCGGUUGGAUGUCUGCUCUCCAAGCCGAAGAUGGUCACUGGCCUGGUGACUUCAGUGGGAUUAUGUACCUAAUGCCGUUCUGGAUUUUCGCACUGCACAUCACAGGAUCGGUCGAUGCUGUCCUGUCGAAAGAGCAUAUACGUGAGAUAUGCCGCCAUAUCUACAACCAUCAGAACGAGGACGGCGGAUGGGGCUUCAAUAUUUUGGACGAGAGCGCUAUGUUUUCCACGUGCUUAAACUAUACCACCUUGAGGCUUCUCGGCGAGGUACAAAAGGACGAAAACGAUGGACUAGCUAAAGGUCGAGCAUGGAUCCUAUCCCAUGGAACUGCAACUGCAGCACCACAGUGGGCAAAGAUAUUACUCUCGGUUAUUGGUGUAUAUGAUUGGCGUGGCAAUAAUCCAGUUGUGCCUGAACUAUGGUUGGUGCCACGUUUCCUCCCAAUUCAUCCAGGGCGGUUCUGGUGCUUCACUAGGAUUACUUACAUGUCAAUAGCUUUCCUUUAUGGCAAAAAAUUUGUUGGUCCCAUUACACCAACUAUAUUAGCACUAAGAGAUGAACUCUACAGUUCGCCUUAUGAUCAAAUUGAUUGGAGUAAAGCUCGUAAUUCUUGUUCCAAGGAGGACAUGCGCUAUAAACCUUCAGGAAUAUUCAAAUUUAUUUCAACUUGUUUGAACAUGUUCGUGGAGCCGGUGUUGAACUAUUGGCCACUUAACAAGUUAAGAGAGAGAGCAUUGAACCACAUCCUAGAACAUAUCCACUAUGAAGAUGAAACUACUCAAUAUAUUGGCUUAUGUCCAGUUACAAAGGCACUAAACAUGAUUUGUCGUUGGGCUGAAAACCCAAAUUCAGAUGCGCUCAAGCGACAUAUUCCAAGGAUACAUGAUUAUUUGUGGAUUGCUGAAGAUGGAAUAAAAACCAAAAUAUACGAUGGCACCCAUAACUGGGAGUUAGCACUUAUAAUCCAGGCCUUGUUAUCAGCAGAUGCUGCCAAUGAAUAUGGUCCAACCAUUGAGAGGGCUAUGGGAUACAUAAAGAGAGCACAGGUUACUACAAACCCUCCAGGGAACCCUAGUUAUUGGUUCCGGCAUAGAUCAAAAGGAUCAUGGCCACUUUCAACUGUAGACCAUGGCUGGGCUUCAUCGGACACUAGUGGCGAAGCAACUAAGGCAAUGCUGUUGCUCUCCAAGGUAUAUCCCAAUCUCGUUGAAAAUUCAAACGGAGAUGGAUGGAUGUUUAAUGCUGUUGAUUGCCUACUUUCAUUUAUGAACAAAGAUGGUUCAGUUUGUACAUUUGAAUGCCAAAGAACUUAUUCUUGGCUAGAGAUUCUGAAUCCUUUGGAGAGUUUUCGAAAUAUUGUCGCCGAUUACCCAACGGUUGAAUGCACAUCCUCAGUGUUGCAGGCUUUGAUAUUAUUUGGGGAUUUUAAUUCAGAGUACCGCAGUAAAGAAAUAAAACAAAAUGUUAACAAAGCUGCCAUAUUUAUUGAGAGCAAUCAAAACAAGGAUGGAUCCUGGUACGGCACUUGGGGAAUAUGUUUUGUCUAUGGGACCCUCUAUGCGAUAAAAGGCUUAGUUGCUGCUGGAAGAAAUUAUGAGAACAGUAUUUGCAUUAGGAAAGCAUGCAAUUUUUUGCUCUCAAUACAACUCAAAACUGGUGGCUGGGCAGAGAGCUAUCAUUCCUGUGAAAGACAGGUCUAUGUAGAGGGUCUUAGCACUCAUGCUGUACAGACUGCUUGGGCGAUGCUAGCUUUGAUUUAUGCUGGACAGAUGGAAAGGGACCCAACGCCAUUACAUCGAGCAGCAAAAGUAUUGAUUAAUAUGCAACUGGAGACAGGAGACUAUCCUCAACAAGAACAUGUUGGCAACAACAACUCCUCUGUUUACUUCAACUACCCCAACUACCGUAUUUUGUUCCCUGUUUGGGCUCUUGGAGAGUAUCACCGCAAAUUACUUGCCAAGAGUAAUUGA